AUGAACUUUCUAUCCGAAGAACACUAUAGACUAAGAAGCAAGCUCAAAGAGUUGGAUCAUCAAGACGAUUUACGAAAGAAUCUUGUUCUGCUAUGUGCUUAUAAAAUAUUGGCUCUCUCUAAGGGAGGUUCCAUAGGUCCUAGUGUGAGUCAAGUUAACCCCAACGCCUUGACAGAAAAGGUUCACGACUACGAGAGGCGUGUUUCUGUGCUUAAACAGCAGCUAUCCACCAAAGAGAGAGUUCAUGAGGCUGUGGUGGACGAUCUCAAGAACACUGUGGCUGAAUUGAACAAACAGCUUGAACAAACCACCAGACAAUCAGCUGGACCGCUGAAACGAAGCUCUUUUCUAUCACCGCCUCAAACGGCAAGCCACCACAAGUCAAUGCCUCAAUUCACAGAUCAUAGCUUUUACUCCCCUGGAGACACGAAAUCCGUGUUCAGCAAGCUGUUGUUUUCGCCAGUCUUAUCUAGACCCAAUCUGGCUGGUGCAAGGGCCCCUCCUUUGGGUACAAAGGCCAGAUCGCUUAGGGAGAGCCUAGCAGCACAGGAGAAAUCUCAGCUGGAGCCAGCUCAACCAAACGUCUUUUCAUCUCCUGCUUCUUCUGCAGAGGCAACGCCUAUCAAGAGAGCCCAAGCGGAGGCGGAGAUCGAGGCAAAUCUGACCACAGUGAACCACAGCACAACAUUAGACGAUGAGAGCUUUAGAAGCGCCAGUGCUGACUUGCUGAGUAGACCCAUUGCCAUUCCAGGCAAGAGCAAGAAAUCCAAAAUCAGACUCCUCUCAACGGAAGCCUCGUCUCGAGUGCCGCUGGACCAUCACGGCAAGGGCUUACUAGUGGAGGAUGAGGAGAUCAACGCGCUUGAUUUCUACAAUGACGAUAACUUUGCUGAGGACAAUCACUCGUCACCGUUGAGGCCUGCUAAACGGCCUCGGGAAGAGUCUGAGGAGCCCGAGGAGACGCCACGCAAGAAGCAUGUUUUCAAGAUAUAG